CCCGUCCCGCCGGAACCCAUCUCCGCCGCGACUUUUCAAAAAACCACCCCCGCGGGGCCGUCUACGAGCACGAUUUCGGCAUCGAUCACAACCAACCCACGACCAGCCAAACCUCCCACAAACCUCUCCCUCCCUCCGAACUCCUAUCGCAAAACCCCCCUCAACCUCGCCCAACAUGCAAGGCUUCAACAUGGGACGCUACGUCCCGCCCGAACACGAAGGCACGACAACAGGCAACGCCCUCGCCCGCAAACACCCCCUCGGCGCCCGCGCCUCCAAACCGGGCAUCCUCGUCGUCCGCUUCGAGAUGCCCUUUGCCAUCUGGUGCGCCACCUGCCCGAAACCCACCAUCAUCGGCCAGGGCGUCCGCUUCAACGCCGAGAAGAAGCGCAUCGGGUCCUACUUCUCGACGGCGAUAUGGCAGUUCCGCAUGAAGCACGCCGACUGCGGCGGCUGGAUCGAGAUCCACACGGACCCCAAGAACACGGCCUACGUCGUCGUCUCGGGCGCCAAGAAGCGCGACACGGGCGAGGAAGGGAGGGUUCCGGCCGAGGGGGAGAUGGCCAUCCUCACGGAAGAAGAACGCGAGAAGCUCCGCAGCAACGCCUUCGCCUCCCUGGAGAAGACGAUUGAGGACCGGCAACACCUCGCGCAGGCGACGGAGCGCAUCGACGAGUUGCAGGACGCUGCGAAACGGGACUGGGACGAUCCGUACACGCGCAACAAGGCGCUUCGCGCGACGUUCCGCGCGGGACGGCACCAGCGCGAGAAGGAGGCCGCCGUGGGCGAGGCGCUGAAGGAUAAGAUGAGUUUGGGGAUCGAGCUCGUGCCUGCGACGGAGGAGGAUGCGCGGCGGGCGAGGUUGGUUGAGUUUGGGGGUGUUGGGGACGGGGUUGACGAGGCGGGGCUGAAGGCUUUUGCGAAGCCGCUUUUUGCGCCGCCUUCUUCUUCUUCUUCUUCUACUACUUCUUCCGCUGCGGCUUCUACUUCGGCUAGGGACUGCAAGUCUACAAAGACGACGGCUGGUAAGGCGGCGCUGCUGCCCAAGGGAACACCCAAAGCCGAAGUCCUCGCUUCCAAGAGGAGGGAGACCAUCGUCUCCGAAAUUGUCGGGAACACGCGCAUGGCGAGGGAUCCGUUCCUGGUCGAGACCAAGGGGGCGACGGAGAGGUCUUCGGCGCCGAGGAUCCCGGGGCUGAAGAGGAAGCGUGAUGAGGGUGGUGGUGAUGGUGCUGGUGUUGGUGCGCAGCAGAAACAGGAGUUGUCAAAGACCACUGAGCCCGAGCAGGACACACCAUCGUCAAAGUCGCUUGUGGCGUACGACUCUGAUUCGGAUUGAGAAGGAAUUCCUCUACACUUUGAAUUCGCAAGGAGCGUUGCAUGGGUUGUUUGUACGGCGUUUAGCGGAUAUGAUUUAGAGCAGAGAUACCCCAGG